UAUAACAAAUCCUUAGAUUAGCUGAGAGCUCCAUGGUGACCCUGACAUUAGACCUCAUCAUCUGCCCAAUGAGAAAGUAGUACUGUCCCUACCUCUGAGCACGGGGGCUUGGUUCAAGACCCACCUGCUCUGGAAGUGUUUAAUUAUGUCUCUGAACAGGUUGAUUAGAAAAGAAAUGUAUUAAGCAGACCCAGUCCCUUUCCAACUCCAUUUUGAUUUAGUCACUUCACUUUCUCCCUACUCUGCUUCCCCCAUACCCCACCAACUCCCCCAUUUUUAAUGGUUCUCAUUGUCUUUAAUGGACUUUGCAUGUAAAUAUUGAAUUAACUACACAGGUGUUUUUAUUGGUUGUGGUUAGUAUUUAUAAAGGAAGAAGGCACAAUGGUUUUGGUGGUGGGAAAGUUGCUCAGCUGUGUGUGAUUAGGUCAAUACAAUGUGGAGCUGGAGGAACACAGCAGGCCAGGCAGCAUCAGAGAAAAAGGAAAGCUGACGAAGGGUUCUGAGCCGAAACAUCAGCUGUCCUGCUCCUCUGCUGCAUGGCCUGCUUUGUUUCUCCAGCUCCACACUCUGUUAUCUCCGACUCUGGCAUCUGCAGUUCUUGCUAUCUCUCUGUGUGUGAUUCCACUUGAAUUGAAUUAGCUUUAUUGCCACAUACUCAAACGGUUACAGUGAAUAGUUUAAACGUUGCCACUUACUGCGCUAACUUAGGUACAAAGGUACUAGGUACAGCCUUAGAUACAGAAUAGAGAAAUGAAGACAAAAAUGUUACAGCAGUGUGCAGCAUGACUGUAGGUCAGAGAAACCAAGUUAAAAAGACGAACAUCACAGUCUUUCCGCAAGGGCUCACCACAGCAGAACAAUGUGAGGGCCCUCCACAUGGUCUGACUGCUGCGAUGCUGUGUGCCAGGCUGCGGUCCGCACAUCAACGCCGGGCUGCUGGCCCUGGCCCUGCCCCGGAGGCUGCGAGUGGGAGACCGGGGCCAGGUGUCCAAGCUGAGAGUCCAAGCAGACUGAAGAGGAGAAGAAAACUACAGAAGUGAGAUAGAAACAUGAAAAAGAAUGGCGCGCUCUGGCUGGUGCACUCUGCUCUGCUGUCAUCUUACUGGAAGUCUUGGUUUGAAAAAGUGAGGAAGGAAUUGAGGUUCGCCUGGUGAAGCGGAGGGAUUACACUGAGGAGACCGUGCAGUGGGCGGAUGCCAUCAUAUCUGCCGGAGGGGAUGGUACCAUGCUGCUGUCAGCCAGCAAAGUGUUUGGGCAGAUCAAACCUGUCAUUGGAGUCAACACGGAUCCAGAAAGGUCUCAGGGACACUUGUGCCUCCCAGUCAGGUACACACACUGUUUCUCAGAGGCUCUGCAGAAGCUCCACCAGGGAAAGUUCAGCUGGCAGUGGAGACAGCGGAUCAGGAUCUGCCUGGAAGGAGCAGGUAUAAACCCAACACCUGUGGACCUCCACGAACAGCAGCUGAGCCUGGAGCAGCACCAGACCGCACAUCGUGAUGUGGCACAGCCUGCCUUGUGUGACAUAGUGAACGGUGAUCCUCAACUCCUGCCUGUCAGAGCAUUGAAUGAAGUAUUCGUGGGGGAGUCACUGUCCUCUCGGCUUCGGUAUCACUCCCACAAACAAAGUCUUAAAUUCUCGCUCCAUAGGGCCUCAUACUAUGAGAUCUCUAUUGAUGAUGGACCUUGGGAGAAGCACAAGAACUCUGGCCUCAACAUGUGUACUGGAACUGGCUCCAAAGCUUGGUCCUACAACAUAAAUAAAUUGGCCUAUCAGGAAGUGGAGGAUCUUCUGUCUAUAGCUAAAGAGACGAGCCGAGUGGAUCUGCCUAUCGAUCAAGAGCUAGUGGAGCGAGUCACUGAUCAAUACAACCAGUCACUUAUAUUCUGUCCUGAGGAUCCCAAGAUCUUCUUCAGCAUCCGGGAGCCCAUCGUAAACAGAGUAUUCACCAGCUGUCAGCACCGAGGCUUCACGAACAAGAUGAGUGUACGCUCGAGGUGCUGGGAUGCCUGUAUGGUGGUGGAUGGUGGGACUUCAUUUGAAUUCAAUGAUGGUGCAAUCGCCACCCUGACUGUGGACAAGGAGGAUGCCUUGUGCACAGUUGUCCUGGAGGACUAAGAUUCUCUCCCAAUACCCGGGGCACCAUUGGACUGUGCUGUACUACUGAGUGGGUGGCAGGGGGGAACAUGGGCUCGCAGUCACUUCCUUCUCCAGCUGAAUGGCCGGGAUGCCUGGGGGUUUGAGCUGUUUGUGGAUGGGAGUCUGGGUUUCUGUGCAGCAUGGGCUAGUGCAGCUGGGACGAGAGGGUGGACUCAGUCAAGGGUUGUAUCCAGAGAAUGUUGGCUAGGCUGCAGCAGAUUGGAGCCCAGUUAUUACGUUCUCCAGCCAAAUUAUUGUGUUCCAGCAGCCUCAGGUUAUGCACCUUGUUACACAGGGAAAAGUCCUCCUUCUGGUGUAUCUAUCGCUGAAGCCUCCCUCUCCCUCUUCCGCGGGCAGUAGCUGUUGUACAUGCCCUUCUGUGGGAACCAAGGUGCUAUCUGAAUAAUUGAUCCAGACUGAGAUCCCACAGGGGAAGGGUCCUGACUACAGCAUUUAUUGGCGAGUGAACAGCUAAGACACAAUUGGCUUGGUCAGUAACCCUGGCCUCCCAUAAUCCAAAGCACUAGCAAAGAGGGAGAGGUUAGGUGUGCCAAAAGGAGGUGAUGAGGAGGUGUCUGGCGUGUGUGUGUGUGUGCGUGCGUGCGCGAAUGAGUGUGAACUGCACCAAUACAAUCAGACAAAAAAUAAAGUCAAAAACAAUAAUAAACUUUCGAACAAGCUUCAGUGCUUUCUGUA